CUUUUUUUUUUUUUUUUCCUUUCCUCCCUUCCAAGAUGGCCGAAGUGGAUUCCCCCUCUUAACGAUUUGGCGUCUCCCUCGACCACCUCUUCUUUGUGCAGCAGCCCCCUGCUAGGACCCUGCUGGCGAGGGUGACGCUUCCCAAGUCUCCUCAGUCCUGACCCCUGGCAUCAUGCAUCGGACCACACGGAUUAAAAUCACGGAGCUGAACCCUCACCUCAUGUGUGCCCUCUGUGGGGGUUAUUUCAUUGAUGCCACCACCAUUGUGGAGUGCUUGCAUUCCUUCUGCAAAACCUGCAUCGUGCGCUACUUGGAGACCAACAAAUACUGCCCCAUGUGUGACGUCCAGGUCCAUAAAACCCGACCACUACUGAGCAUCAGGUCAGACAAAACCCUUCAGGACAUUGUCUACAAGUUGGUGCCUGGGCUUUUUAAAGAUGAGAUGAAACGGCGGCGGGACUUCUAUGCAGCAUACCCCCUGACGGAGGUUCCCAACGGCUCCAACGAGGACCGAGGCGAGGUCCUAGAGCAAGAGAAGGGAGCCCUGGGCGAUGAUGAGAUUGUCAGUCUUUCCAUUGAGUUCUACGAAGGAGUCAGGGACCGAGAGGAGAAGAAGAGCCUCAUGGAGAAUGGGGAUGGGGACAAGGAGAAGACAGGGGUGCGCUUCCUGCGAUGCCCAGCAGCCAUGACUGUCAUGCACCUCGCAAAGUUCCUCCGCAACAAAAUGGAUGUACCCAGCAAGUACAAGGUGGAGAUCCUCUAUGAAGAUGAGCCCCUGAAGGAAUAUUACACCCUCAUGGACAUUGCCUACAUCUACCCCUGGCGGCGGAAUGGGCCUCUCCCCCUCAAGUACCGUGUCCAGCCAGCCUGCAAGCGGCUCACCCUGCCCACAGUGCCCACUCCCUCAGAGGGCACCAACACCAGCGGGGCAUCAGAGUGUGAGUCAGUCAGCGACAAGGCUCCCAGUCCUGCCACCCUGCCAGCCACAUCCUCCUCCUUGCCCAGCCCCGCGACCCCCUCCCAUGGCUCUCCCAUCUCCCACGGCCCCCCAGCCAUCCACCCCACCUCCCCAACUCCACCUUCGACUGCCAGUGGGGCCAACUCCGCUACCAACGGGGGCACUUCGAACUGCCUGCAAACGCCAUCCUCCACCAGCAGGGGGCGCAAGAUGACUGUUAACGGAGCUCCUUGCCCCCCUUAACUGGAGGAAAGGGACCCUCUCCCUCAGCAGCCACCUCUCCCCGCCCUUCUACUUUUUCUGGGCCCCUUUUUCCACCUUUGACUCUCCCUGGUUCCUCCCAUCUUCACAGUGGGAGGUGGGUUUUAUAAAUAAAUAUCUAUCUAUAUAUAAAUAUAUAUAUGUACAUAGGAAAAACCAAAUAUACAUACUUAUUUUCUAUGGA